UUAACUGCCCAGAAAGAAUGUUCCAUUGUGAUAAAGAGAAAUGCAUUUUGGAAUCUCUAGUAUGUGAUGGAGGUACAGACUGCUUGGAUGGCACCGAUGAACCCCUUUCUUGUGGCAAAAAAUGCUCUCUGAAUAAUGGAGGCUGCAUGGAGAAAUGUACAGAGACAUUUUGGGGUGUCAAGUGUUCGUGUGCUUCUGGCUGGGAACUUCUUGCUGAUGGUCAGAACUGUACAGAUAUUGACGAGUGUGCAGCAGCAUACAGUCCUUGUAACCAAUUGUGCAAGAACACAUUAGGUUCUUUUACUUGUGACUGUGUUGAAGGAUACAAACUGUCCAAUGGAACCAUUUGCAAUGUUGUAGAUGGUGCUACCAAAAUACUACUGGCUGUCCCUCAAGAUCUUGUUCUCCUGGAUUUAAAAACACACAGCGUGGAGAUUCUAGUACCUACAAAAACAAAGCCUAACUCUGUUGCUUAUGACCUCUUAAGGAGAAGCUAUUAUGGGAUUGGUGAAGAGAAAAAACUGUAUAUUUAUGCGUCUGGAAAAAAUGAGAUGAUUCUUUAUCCAGAUGUCAGUGGUGUCAACAGCAUGUCCGUAGACUGGUUCACAGGGCAGUUAUACUGGGCCAGCAAUUUUCCUCAUGCCAUCUUUGCUGGUUUGAAUGAUGGUAGGGGUUAUGUAAAGAUCCUAGAGAAAAAUCUGGUGCCGGAGCAGCUGAUUACAUUUCCAGAAAAAAGAUACAUGUAUUGGGUGAAUCGUGGUGAAAAGGACAGGACUGUAAUAGAAGCUGCAGGUAUGGAUGGAUCAGACAGACAUGUGCUUGUGGUACUAAUCACCGAAGAGCCUGUGGGAUUGACUCUGGAUUACAUCACUGGUAGACUCUAUUGGAUCAGUGUGUAUAAAAAGUCAAUUGAGACAGUAAAAAUAGAUGGCUCUGGCAGAUAUACUUUCCCUGAUAUAAUACUGAAAAAUCAGGAUCCCCUAGGACUUGCUGUAUUUGAAAAUCUGUUCUUCUGGAGCAAUGCAACACACUUGCUUUAUGCAUCCCGCAACUCACCUGGCGUUGGUAUACUGCUGAAGGCCUCAGUCUCUUCAUUCACAGUAUUGCAUGAGCUACAGCAAUCACAAAAUAACACAAAUGCAUGUGCACCAGGAGUGUGUAGCCACAUUUGUCUUUUGUCACCAGUUCAUCCCAAAGGCUACAAAUGUGCUUGUCCAAAGGGUACUUUUCUCCUAACUUCUGGUGAAUGUGGAGAGCUGAACGUUGUGUAUUCUACUCACAAUCAAAUCUUCCAGAUGCAUGUUGGACCAGAAAAUUUGGUGGUGCAGCAGCAUCAGCCCUUGAUACCUGAAUGGCCGGAAACACUCUAUUUUCAGGACAUGGAUUGGAAAAGAGGAUUUCUCUACUGGACUGAUGAUAAAGGAGAACUGAUGCGGUACAAUAUAGCAACAAAGAUAAAAUUAAUAAUUCCUACAAACUCACCAGUCUGUGUAGCAACUGUUGAUAUACCUUCAGGAGAUCUUUAUUGGUUAACUUGCGACAGAACGAAAAUUAUGUCCACUACUUUCGUUGGCCUGGUGACAAAGCUCCUCUAUCAUGUGACAGUCAAGAGUAUUAUAUGGCACCUCUACCUAGACUGGCAGAGGGCAUCUCUGUACUGGCUUGAAAGUGGCAAACCCAUCCAGUUCCAUCCUCUGAGAAGUGGGCUAAUCAAGGAAGUGUGGAAUAGAAGCUGGACCAAAGAUAUCCUGUUAGUUCUGGAUAUAGGCUCCUGCAGUUUUUUCUGGACGUCAGAAGAUAUGGUGCCUAAGGUACUGAAUAUCAUCACGCACCAGACACCUAAUUUGAAGCAGAGAUGGCCCCACGGAGUGGCUGCUGCUUAUAGGCCUUACCUGGUGACAUUCAACGACACAGCACUUACAGUCUGGAACAGGAAGUCAAUGGAGCCCUCCAGUGUGCAAGUAGCUAAUGUACAAAAGGCGCUGUUCAUCUUUGACACAGAUUUGAAAAGUGCUGCAUCGCAAAUGGUUCCUGUUACAAAUCUGACUGUUGGGUUGCUGCAUACUAUGACUAGAGCAGUUCCACUGACAAGACUGGUGACAGCUGUGCCCAGGACUACGUCUAUUACAACAGUGGCAAUUUCUACACCUACUGUGAAGGCCGGACUCGUGCCAGCUCUGGUCUGUGGAUGGGCAGAAUUACUUUGCCAGAAUGGAAAAGAGUGUGUUUCCUAUGAAUACAUUUGUGAUGGGGACAAAGAUUGUUCAGAUGGGUCUGAUGAAGAGGGCUGUUCCGAGUUCUGUAAUAACCCAGGAGUCUUCCAGUGCCUGAGUGGCCACAAGUGUAUUAACGAGAAGUACCAGUGUGAUGGGAUACAACAUUGCCCUGAUGGCUCUGAUGAAUCUAACUGCUGGGUGCCAACACCCCUCUGUGCUUUACGUUGUGAUGACAACACUCGCUGCAUGCCUGAGAGUUGGUUGUGCGAUGGGGACUCAGACUGCAUUGAUGAGGCAGAUGAAAGAAACUGCGCUCAGGUCAAAUGUGAUCACCUGCACUUCCAAUGUAGAAGUGGCCAAUGUGUUUCUUAUCUCUUGCGCUGUGAUGGAAAUUAUAACUGCAAGGACCACUCGGAUGAAGAAGACUGCCCAAUCUUCAAACAACUACUCUGCUAUGCGGAUGAAGCCAAAUGCCUUAAAAGUGGAGAAUGCAUCCUAAAGCAGUGGCUCUGUGAUGGGGAUCUGGACUGCAAAGAUGGGUCAGAUGAGCAGGACUGUGAAUUUUCAAUGAAACAAUGUGGUGCCCACCAGUGGCAGUGUAGCAACUCAUCACAGUGUAUCCCAGACCAAUGGAAAUGUGAUAGGGAACGUGACUGCAGAGACGGGAGCGAUGAGAUUGGAUGCAAGCCCAGGAACUGCUACAGCUAUGAAUUUCAGUGUGGCGAAACGUGUAUCAAUUACACUUUGGUCUGCAAUGGGAAACCCGAUUGCCGAGGCGGGAUGGAUGAAGGCAGCAAUUGUGCCAUGCCGUGCCAAAAAUCAUGCCCUCACACUUGUUAUAAAACUCCUAGUGGGCCUAAAUGUCCUUGCAACGAGGGGUUCAGGCUAAGCAGUGAUGGACGCUCUUGCAAAGACAUCAAUGAAUGUAAAGAGUUGCCAAAUGAUAAAUGUAGCCAGACCUGUGUCAAUACAGGUGGCAGCUACCGCUGCACGUGCCACCCUGGGUAUUUGUUGGAACCUGAUGGUCACACAUGCAAAGUAGUUGGCUCCGAGCCAGCACUGCUAGUUGCAGUUCAGUUUGACUUGCUUCUAUAUGGAUUAAAGACCAUGAAAGAGGAUCUUAUCUUCAGAGUUGAUCAGGACAUCAUUAUCUUUUCCAUUGACUAUGAUUUUGUAACACAGAACAUUUUUUGGAUGGAUCUUAACGCAGAAAGUAUUAAGUGGGUUAAUAUGAAAACCAAGGAAAAGGGAACUUUAAUAAAAGGGAUCAAAUCUGACAGUAUAGCAGUGGACUGGUUAGGAAGGAAUCUUUACUGGACUGAUGGUAGAGCAGGACAGAUCUUGGCUACGUGGUUAAAUAGUACUUGGAAGGGAAAUCCUGUCUACACCAUGGUUCUUGAUGAUCUGGAGCAACCACGGUCACUAGCUCUCCACCCACUGGAUGGAUUUAUGUAUUGGUGUGAAAUAGGCAUUGAAUCCAAAAUAGAGAAAGCAGGGAUGGAUGGAAGUAAUAGAAAAGUGCUAAUUGAUGAUGGACUUGGUUGGCCCACCAGCAUAGCCAUUGACUUCUUGAGCUGGAGAAUUUUCUGGUCUGAUGACAAGUUUCACUGCAUUGGCUCAGCCUUUUUGGAUGGUAAUGAUAUGAAGGUUUUUCAGCUGAGUGAGAUUCACAGUCCCUUCUCAGUGAGUAUCUUUGAAGACUCCAUCUAUUGGUCUGACAUGCAAACAAGGAUAGUACAGAAGAUAGACAAAAGGACAGCCAAAAAUAGAACCGUUCUCCUCAAGAGCCAUGGACAACCUUAUGGGCUAAAGGUGAUACAUGAAGUUCUGCAGCCAGCAGCCCCUAAUCCAUGUGUAGGAAAUGGCUGUUCGUAUUUGUGCCUCUUAAGCCCCAACAGAAGAGGAAGCUGCUUUUGCCCACUUGAACUUGUGCUUUCAAGUGAUGGAAAGACCUGCAUUCCAUUAAAGGAGUCAGCAUUCAUGUUACUGACUGCACAGACAGCUGUUACACAGGUCUACCUGAAAAAACUGCGUUCCACAGCUGGGCAGGUGCCUCUUCCUGAGCACAACACUCUCCCCUUGAUCAAUGUUACUCAUCUGACAGCUGUAGACUACUCCAUACGCAGCGCUGCAUUAUACUUCUCAGAGUUUGAUGAUGGCUUCAUAAAAGUCCUGGCUAUUAAGGAUUCUGGAAGAGCUUCUUUGAAGAAGAUUCUGCCAGUUGAGGGUACUGUGAUAUCACUUGCACUUGAUUGGUUGAGUGCCAACAUCUAUUGGAUUGACAAUAAACAUCCAUCUGUCCAAGUGGCAGCAUCAGAAGGCAAAUAUACACAUGUGGUAAUUAGUGAUGGUCUUUACCACCCAACCACCGUGGUAUUGCAUCCCCCAGCUGCAUCUAUGUGCAUUGUGGAUUUAGCUGGUGAACAUGGCACACCUGAUCCCAGGAUAGAAUGUGCUUCUAUGGAUGGGAGUAGGCGGAGGAUACUCUGGAAGAGAUCCCAGGUUCCUGUUGGUUUAACAAUAGUGGAUGCUGGCACCCGGCUCUAUUGGGCUGACCAAGCAAAAGGUACCGUGGAAAGCAUUUGUCUAGAUGGUUCCCAGUACAGACUUGUUCAGAGAGGACUGCAUGGCCUUAUGCUCUUCACAGUUGGGGAUGGAAUGAUAUUCUGGACAACAGCAGCACACAACCGUGCAACAAAGGUGUGGCAUAGUCAGCUGGAAGUGGCAGAAAACUGGUGGUUUCAAAUAAAUCAGAAACUUGUGGAUAUAAAGACCUACAGCAAACUAAACCAACAAGGUAGAAAUGGUUGUUCAGAAAAGAAUGGGGGAUGUAGUCAGAUCUGUUUACCAAUUCCGCAAGGACGAAGCUGCCGGUGCACCACUGGGUAUAUUUUAGAACGUGAUACUGUGUGUAUCAAAGCCAUAAAAUGCUCAGAGCCAUUUCAAGCCUGCUUGGAUAACAGCUACUGUAUUGUAGAAGGACAAGUCUGUGAUGGUAGCAUUGAUUGUAUUGAUGGAUCUGAUGAGUUGAAUUGUAAGUACUGA